AUGAGACAUGCAGUUCGAAUGCCGAAUGUGCUUGGGAAGCCAUCGGUAGCAUAUGUCUCAUAUGUAUACCUAAACAACAGACGAUAUCAUGCGUCCCCAUACAGACCCAACCCCAGUCUUGAGCCGCGCCUUGAGGACCAUGGCAAAGUGAUUGUCGAUGAAUACUCAGUAAUCCGAGAGAAAUAUGAUGCCCCUAGGUACCCCGUUGUUCUGGCGCAUGGCCUGCUGGGGUUUGAUGAAUUGCGACUUGCUGGCCGAUAUCUUCCUGGUGUACAGUACUGGCGCGGCAUCAAAGAAGCCCUGACAGCGCGUGGAAUUGAAGUUAUAACUGCUACCGUACCCCCGUCGGGAUCUAUUGAAGUCCGAGCAGAAGAAUUGGCCCGAGAUAUUGAAAUCGGUGCGCGUGGGAAGGAUGUUAAUAUUAUUGCUGGGCUUGAUUCACGAUAUAUGAUCAGCCGAAUUCGACCGGAGAAGUUUAAAGUAUUGUCACUUACUACUAUUGCAUCGCCACAUCAAGGAUCAUCCGUGGCAGACUAUGUGUUUGACCAGAUUGGAGCUGAAAGGCUGCCCCAAGUCUACUACGCCCUCGACCGACUAAAGGUUGAAACAGGCGCAUUCGAACAACUGACUAGAAAAUACAUGACCGAAACCUUCAACCCCAAUGUUCCAGAUGUGGAUGACGUCCAGUAUUUCUCCUAUGGCGCAGCAUUCGAACCAAGUAUCUGGUCCGCCUUCCGAAUGUCUCAUCGAAUCCUUGCCAACAUAGAAGGACCAAACGAUGGCCUAGUCAGCGUUUCAAGUAGCCACUGGGGAGGCGAAUCAGGUUACAAGGGAACUCUAAUGGGGGUGAGCCACCUGGAUCUAAUCAACUGGACGAACCGUUUGAAGUGGCUGGCUGGGGAGGUGACAGGCAACAGACGAAAGUUUAACGCUAUUGCAUUCUACUUGGAUAUUGCAGACAUGCUGGCCAAGGAGGGACUUUGA